GGCCACUGUUAACGAAGACUCCGAUUGAUUUUUAAUACCAAACUGUCCGCGUCUAAAAUAUAAAAGAAAAAACACGCUAUAAGUAGAGACGCACGCAGCGUUCAAAAAUAGAAUAAUUCAAUUUCAUAACCUACUCUGUGUUCAGUGUCGAAUAUAAUGUGUUGUAUAUUCUGUGCGUUUCCUUAGAAAAAGUCGGCCAUGUUGGGAAGAGUGACAAUCGCAGAAUAAUUCAAGAUUAAUAGAAACAGGCGCAUGCGUUACAAGAAACUGAUGCCUUCUAAAAUUUAACUUUGAAACGUUUGAAAAGGGUAUAAAUAUGGCGUCUUGCCUUGGCGGCCAUUUUGGGCCGAGUCAGGAGUAUAUUCCGGUAGCGGAAUUUUAUGCGGACAAAUCAGUGUUUGUUACUGGUGGAACCGGUUUUAUGGGAAAGGUGCUGGUCGAAAAAUUGUUGAGGAGUUGUCCUAAAAUCAAGAAGAUCUACUUAUUGAUGAGGCCGAAGCGUGGUCAGGAUGUGGCGUCCCGUCUUACAGAACUCACACAAUCUCCCUUGUUCGAGACGUUAAGGAAAGAACGGCCUCAAGAACUCAACAAGAUCGUACCAAUAGUGGGCGAUAUCACGGAACCAGAAUUAGGGAUCAGUCAAGCGGACCAAGAAAUGUUAUGUCAGAAGGUAUCAGUAGUCUUCCAUUCGGCUGCGACGGUUAAAUUCGAUGAAAAACUAAAGCUGUCAGUCACCAUCAAUAUGCUGGGAACGCAACAGCUCGUCCAACUCUGUCAUCGUAUGCUCGGGCUGGAGGCUCUAGUUCACGUGUCGACCGCAUACUGCAACUGCGAGAGAGAAAGAGUGGAGGAGACGGUUUACGCUCCACCCGCACACCCGGAGCACGUCGUCACCCUGGUACAAACGUUGCCUGAUGAGCUGGUAGAUCGAAUCACGCCGGAUUUAGUUGGAGACAGGCCCAACACAUACACGUUCACCAAGGCGCUCGCCGAGGACAUGCUGAUCAAGGAAUGCGGUAAUCUUCCUGUCGCGAUCGUUAGACCUUCAAUUGUACUCUCAUCUGUCCGGGAGCCGGUUAAAGGUUGGGUGGACAACUGGAACGGUCCUAAUGGCAUCAUAGCGGCGGUUGGCAAGGGCGUGUUCCGUACCAUGCUUGGCACGGGUGGGCGUGUCGCAGACUUGGUGCCAGUCGAUACCGUCAUCAAUUUGAUGAUUGUAUGCGCUUGGCGGACUCAUUUGAGACGAGGUGACGGUGUAGUUGUCUACAAUUGCUGCACGGGUCAGCAGAAUCCGAUCACGUGGCAACGUUUCGUCAAAACCAGUUUCAAGUAUAUGAGAAAACAUCCCUUUAGUGAAAUAACUUGGUAUCCUGGUGGAAAUAUUACGAAUAACCGCCUAAAGCACAGCACGCUGACGUUGUUGCAGCACAGAGCACCGGCCACUAUCAUCGACCUCAUCGCGAACCUCACUGGAAACAAACCCAUGAUGGUUCGUGUUCAGAACAAAUUGGAGAAAGCUUCAGCAUGCUUGGAAUACUUCACAACUCGUCAAUGGGCUUUUGCCGACGACAACGUACAGGCCCUCAGUACCGCCCUCUCGCCCGAGGACCGGAACACUUUCGACUUUGAUGUCACUAACAUAGACUGGGAUGCCUAUAUCGAAUCCUAUGUGUUAGGUAUACGGAGGUUCCUCUUCAAGGAAAGUCCGGACACUCUGCCUAAGUCAAGAAAAUUACUACGUAGGUUACACAUAGUGCACAUUCUUACUCAAGUGGCUGUCGUAUUCUUCCUAUGGAGAUUCCUUUUCAGCCGUUCUAAUGCACUGCGGAACUUAUGGCGUCGAAUUGUCGACCUUUUAACGCGAGCCGCGAGACUUUUAGCCAUCGCCUGAUGUCCCGCUUCCAUAUUAUAUAAUAAACUUCGUUGACAUCGCCACUUACAGCUUAUGAACGCUUUAAACAAUAAAAAGAACCCUUUCGACGUUUUAUUUUCAUGUUGACAUUAAUAUAUCGACAAGAUGGCGGUCGUAAACAGUCAAACACCGAUAGUUUUUAAAGCUUCACGAGCGGCUUUCGGCUUAAACGUCAACAUGACGUUGCCACGACAUAUGUCAACGCACGUUCCACAUGUCAAAUUGAAACGUCAACUGUCAUUUUGACAGUUCAGGUCGCGUUCAAAUUAUCGAGCGCUAGACGUUAGAUUUUUAAAAUGUUAAGGUGUUAUUCUGGAUUUUUUUUUGUACCGUUACAGCUCAAUGAUAAAUCAAAUAUAAAAUGAUAAAGUUCAAAACUUUAUGCAUAGUAAUAAUUAUUGUAAUAGAUAUGCAAUAAUUUCCGUUAUAUUAAUGAUUGUAAAUUGAGCCAUAGAUAAUAUGACUGCCUUAUUUGUAAGUGCUGAUAUUUGUCACUUGAACGGUGUCACAACGACUUAAUAACUUAAAUCGGUUCUACGCGUUUAAUUAUAGUUUAUAGAAAAAGAGAGAAAAAACUCCACCUUAAGCCGUAAUAUAAGUGCAACCAAUUAUUGUUGGUAAUUCUUCUUUCGACUAUUGUAACGUUUGUAGCAUAUUUAUUUGUUAACUAGCAACAUUACAACACAUAGCUUUACCGGUAGCGAAAUAAGAUAAAAAUUGUGAAGGAUUCAUUUUCCUCUUAUAUAAAAAAAAAAUUCAAGACUUUUUUUUUUAAUUAAACGGACGAGAAUUGGAAAUAUUAUUGAUAGACAUUGUUUUUGAAAAAAAGGUUGUAAGAUUAUUUCUAGCUACCGGUCGGUCUGCCAAAGAUGUCGUUUUAAUUUACAUAAUUGAAAAAUAACGCUUGUUCAAUGUUUAUACAUAUUUUGUAUAAAUAUAAAUAUUUAUACUUAUUAUUUCAAUUUAACGCGGAAAAAAUCUAGGAAAAUUUUCAAUUUUUGCUAGGCUAAUCUUUAAAUAAAAAAAAACAACUUAUUUACAAAGAAAAUGUGAGUGAAAUUUUUGCAGUCUUUUUUUUCUAAUUAUUAGAAACUAACGCUCAAAAUUUAGUGAGUAAAGCAAAAAGUUAUCGAUUAUUUAAAAAAAAUAUUGUUUGUUAAAUUUAAAUUUGUGAAUUAGUAAUACAAAAAAAUGCAUUUUCUAAAAAAUAAGUGAAUAUAAUUGUUUUGUCAAGCAAGUUUGUAUGUAACUUUGAAAGGGUUUGGCAAAAUAUUGUUAAUUUAUGUUUUGUAUUUGUUAUAAUAAAUUAUUCCAAUCUAGCCAUAAUCAAAGUUAUAACGUAAUUAUUCUCUAUAAAUUUAAACUAAAGGAAAUACAAUUGAAUCAACAAUUAUAAGGUGACAAGUCUUUAAUAUAAAAGAUGUCAGAAAUAAUGUUUUACAAAAAAAAAUCGUUAGUGACUUAAUUUAUGACUUAAAUUCUCUAGACACGUUUAAGUAUAGACAUUAGAAACUCACAAAUUGGUAUCACUGUCUAGAAAGAGGACGACUGUGCUGCCAAUGUCUAUCUCCUUUAUAUAGUCUGUAAUUGCUAAGGUUUUACAAUUACAAGACGCAUGAUUUCACCGUCUUUCUCGCACUCUUACUCCUUCAUGCUUCGCAGUUUGAUAAGGAACGCUCACCGUCCAUUCUAUGUGUAUGUAUUUAAUAAAUUAAAGAGACAGUUUGUUCUUUACGAAAUAAUUGAGAUUUAUUUCGUACUAAGAAAUGAAAUAUGGAAAUCAGUUUGACAACAAUGUAUUUAUAAUUUGACAUCUCAUUUUAAAAACAGAUUAUAAAUAUUUGUUUUGUUUUUUGUAACAACACCGUGUCUAGAGAUAAAAUGUCAAUGUAGUUCCCUUUUUUUUUCUAGUUAGAAUUUCGUGAUGAAGUAAAGAAAAGUGAAAUGUGACAAAAAAGAUUAUAAUGUGACAGAUAAAAAUGGCGUUGUCGGCCAUCUUGUUUGGUCAUUUCGUUCCAUGUCUGACGCUUCCUUAAUAAUAGGUAUAUUGUAAGGUAUUUAUUUAAAAUAUUUAAAUGUGAUUAAUUUACAAUUUUAUUCAUUUUAAUGUAAUGCUAGUUAUUAUUCGUAAUAUACCGAAAUGUGAACGUUUUGAAAUACAAAUUUAGUAUAGUGUGAACUUUGUCCUGUAGCUCUUUUUAAGCAGAUUAUAAAAAAAAAGAAAAUUUAAUUAAUAAUUGUGUUUGUAAAUCUAUUCGAAAAUAUAUAUAAACAGAUAUAAUUUUACACAAAUUUAACGCGACCGGCCGUGACUAUCCAUUGAUAUAAAUCUCGGAAAACGGCCUAUUCUAUUGUGAAAAUACUAUCAAAAUCUUUUCAGUGUUUAAAGAGCUAAUUUAAACGACCAGACUUUAUUCUGUGUUCUGAUUUUAUACUCUGUAAUUGCUAUUAAAUAAAAUAUUCCGGAUUAGGUCUUCCUUUUAAUGGACUUUUCAUAUUAAAAUAUAAUGAGACGUUUUUGUGUUGUACUGUAGCCUAUUUUUUCUAUAAUUAUUAAAUACAAACUCGCUCGCUCAUUGGUUAGUCAAAUGGAAUGCUAUAAGCCGACUUUCACAAUAGGCGUUCACUUUAUUCAAUAUUACGGUUCAUUAAAAAAUGUUCAAAUCUUAAAAAUGUGGUAAGUAACAUUUUAAAAUAGGAAUGGUAUUACGCAAUGAUUGUGAACGCCGGCUUAUCGGCCGUUAUUGGUUGUUAUUUGUAACCAAUAGCAAACGAGCUCGAGACGUGCUAUCUUAACCUUACGGAAAUAGACUAUUGUAAUGUUUUAAACGAUAAAACUUCCAUAAUAUUAUGAUUAUACGAUUUGUUUAAAAAAAAAACCUACAGGAUGUUCGGUAUAUACGUACUGUUAAGUAAUGCCUAAGUUUUUGUUAAAUGUUAGCAUUUUACUUAAUCUAAGCCUAAUGCUUUCGCUUUCGAUUCAUCAGAAUGUGUCGCGAAACGUUGGAAUCGAUUCAAUCAAUAUCGGAUUAUUUGCAACUCGUACUCAAAUUUAGCUGCCAUUAAUUUUAGCUAUAAAAUAUUCGGCAUUGAAUAUCGGUUCCGAUUACUUCCAGUGUUAAAUAUUAUUUAAGUUAACUUAGACGUUGUUAUACGUGUUUAUUGAGACGAAUAAUUGUAUGUCUCUCGAUUAUCGUAUCGAUUCGCUAUAUCGAUUACGUAUCGUGCUUCGGCAGCGUAGUACAACGGAUUAGGGUAUAAUAAUAAAUUCCUAAAAACGUGUUUCAUUAUUGUUUAUUUGUUUCAUUUGUCGCUUGUAAGUAAUAUUAUAUGUAAAUUUUGAACAAACUUUUGUCAUGUCAGUUUAAUUUUAGCGUGUAAAAUUAAUUUAUGCAUAUGUAUAUUCAAUUGUUUUAUUUUUCAUUUUAUUUGAGUAAAUGCGACAUAUUAUUGUGUAUAUAGAAUUUAGUUACCAAAAUUUACGAGCCAUAUACAUGAAAGCGAAUUUUCUUCGUAUUAUUCGCUAUAUGGUGUAGAUUUUCGGAGUUUUGUGUGAAAUUAGACGGUUUUCGAACGGGCUAUCAAUCGUUUGACGCCAUUCUAUUUGUAGUUCGUUUUUUAAUAUAUUAAAAAUCGAGAUAUAAUAAUACGAAUCGAUGCUUGAUAACGUGUAUCAUAAUUAAUAUUCUCUGUAAAAAGAAUCUAUAUCUAUCACAUUAAAAUAUAAAAUGGCGUUUCCCGCCAAAAUUAUACGAAAUGGCGUCAUGACAGUUCGUUUGGAAACCGUGAGAGGGAAUGCUUUAAAUUGAAUUUGUUUCGCUUAGACGCCAGCGGUUUAUGGUAAUGAUAUUAAAAUCCGUAAAAUCUUGGUGAAAUGUUAUUAACUAGUGCUGGGUAAUAAAUGCUCAACGAUCGAUCGUCCCCAUUCCGGCUUAAUUAGGCUUCCUUUCUUUUACGAAACAACAGACUAAUUUCGCUAAAUUAUAUUUUAGUAUUAAAUUAAGGAAUUAACGGCAUUCUAAUAUUCGUCACAAAUAGCUUUUUUAAAUUGACAUAGUAACAGAGUGAGAUGAAAUUUUGUAUUUCACCUAGUUAGAGCGGGAUGGGGAUAGUCCGCAGGUAGCCAACGUGUCUCGGUGAUAGGAUGGUAUAUACAUGGGGGGUUAAUUUAUUAUUCCAUAUAUAUUAAAAUAAAAGAAUGUAAAGUUAAA